AUGUUCCUAGAUGAGUUAAUUCCUGGCGAAUCGCUUCGCGUUCGUCGUGGUCAAGAUGAUCGAAUCGCUAUUGGAGGCGAGACAGAAUAUAAUAAUUCGUAUGUCGAUAAUGCCCUACAAGAGGAAAUCGAAAGGAUGAUUGUAUCGAUAUGGCAACAAUUCAUAGCCGAAUGGAUUGAAUUGGAUGCGUGCGACGCACCUUCAAUUGAAACAAUACAAAGAUAG